GCCCACGGGGCUGAGUGUGGUGGCGGCGGCGGUGCGGGGCUUGCAGACUGUUGUAGUGUUACAUAGUGUUGUACAUAGUGUUGAGCGCCGCGUGCACAGUACCUGAGCCUCGUGCCGUCUGGACCCCUGAACAGUGAGCGCCGGGCGGCCACAGACAUGCUGACGGUGCAGGCGAUGAUCCACGGCCAGGACGCUGGGGCCGCCCUCAGGAAGCCAGACAAGACGGGCGGCGUGGGCCUCGUCCCUGCCCUGCGGGGCAACAAAGCCAAGCGGAAAAGCGGGAAGAAAAAGAAAGACGCCGCCGCGGGCGGAGAUGACACCAUCGGGGACAUAUUCGUGGAGGUUCCUCAGGAAGCAACGCCCCGCGGGGUGCCGGAGCCUGGCUCGGUGGUGGCGCGGGAGUGGCUGCUGCUGAAAAACACGGACGUGCCGGAGGAGCAAAGAUCGCCACCCACUAAAAUUACAAAGGAGCGACGCAGCUCGUGCGGCGGCCGCCCCGGCCAGGACCCCGCCUCGCCGCCCAGCCUGGUGCCCAUCAGGAGAAAAGACUCGCGUCCCGCCAAAAGUAACCGAACCAAAGAUGCCAAUGGGAACAGAAUAGGGAAGGGCCUCCGCGGCUGGGGCGGCGGUGGCAGUGGCGGCCAGGAGAAUGCUCCCACAGAGGUCCACGAGGAGGUGGCUGUCAGAACUCACAGAAGCGCGGCGCUAGAGGAGCGAGAGGAGGCGCCGCGGCCUGGCGACGUCACGCUCAUAAGAGUGCAGCCGCCGCCCGAUGGUGGCAGCGAGGCGCCGGGCACAGACAGUCCCUCGCGCAUACCCAGAAAAGGCAGCCUGCACUUCACGCCGGAAGUGAUCUUCGAGGAGGGUAAGGAGAAGCAAAGUGGCGCCAGCGUGUCUCCUGGCGUGAAGCGCCACAGCUCCAGCAGAAGCACGGGCUCCGAGGGCAGCACUCUGCGGCGGCGGAGGCGCGGCACCGCACGCAGCAGCGCCUCCACACAGACCCCCACCGGCUCUCACUCUGAACUGGCGGACUGUACCAUUCCUUCAGACAAACGCGCCUCUGUCAGGACCCACGAGGCGCCGCCCGCCCAGCCUGAGGAGCCGCCGCCCCGCAAGGACCUGACGGGCAGCAUCCCCGGUGCCUCUCUCCUACUGAAGCUGGUGAUGCCAAGAGAGAAGCGCUCCAGCAAACACUCCGGGGGCUCCCCGCCUCACGAGGGAGCUCAACAGGGAACCCACCAGGGAUCUACCACCUCGCAUGGCCGCAGCCCCUCCUCCCCCCCGGUGCCUUGGUUCUGGCCACCGCUGCGCCACAUCGAGGCUAUGACCUCCCUGCACUCUGUCUUCCCCGGGGCAAAGGGCCCGCCGCCCCCGCCCAGCCCCAGGUGCCAGGGUGUGGCCGCUGGGGGCGGGGAGGCAGAGGCCCCAGGGGGUAUGGCCAUGUUCCCGGGCGAUGUAGUGCCUUUUCCUCCACGGGCGGCGCCGCCAGUGCCCCGCCAGGUGCAGGGGGACCAGCUGAGCCUGUCCAGUCUGAACAGCAGCCUUGCGGGACACACGUACGAGCAGGUGAACUUCGUGAUCGAGCCGCCCAUCUGUGAGUACCGCGAGCACGAGUAUGAACUCAGCAAGUCUGUGUCUGAGGACAUCCAUUCUUAUCAUAUUGAUAAGGAGGAAGUCAUGCCCAAAGAAUCCUACUUCGUCCCGCGACGCAGCAGCGACAGUCGCGUGGCGGAGGUGGCGGAGCGGCGGACCCGGCGAGCCUCGCGCCGGAAGAGGAAGAAAUCCCGCUGCGCCGCGACCAUCACUGACGAGUCCCUGGUGGGGGAGUGUUACCCCGGAGGCUUGCUGUGUCCCGAGAACCAGGCGUCGCCGGGCACACAGCGCCUUGUCCACAGUGACGACGAUGAGUCGGGCGUCCUGUCCUCCCCCGCCACGCCGCCGUUCUCGCCGGUAGUCAGUGUGGCGCAUCGCGACUUGCGAUGGUCGUCCACGACCUGCAGCAGCAGCAGCAGCGCGCUGGGCGAGCGUCACGUGGCCACGCUGGAGAAGCCCAUGACAUUGGUGUCGGAGACCACCCUGGAGCUGGGCCGCUCCCCGUCUGUGUCGCCCCCGCUGCCAGAGUGUGUAACAGGGCUUGGCCCCCCACUGGACCCUGCGGCACCCACCCGAGACGCGGCCUUCAUCCACCGCCUGCUGACCCUCGUGAAGGAGGACGACUCGCAGAGCAGCGGCUCGGGCGGCCCGGCGCCUCCUGAAACUCGCCACAACAUCCGCCGGCGAGGCGUGUACGUGCCCGCAGACACUGAGUCUGACACCGGCGUGACCUCGGAACCCGAACCCAGCAGGGGAGCCCGGAUCACCCCUAGCCCUGACCCCCGCAGUGAGGGAGACAUCCGCUGGCCCCGCAGGACUUCCCUAGCGACCUCCGUGCCAGAGAGGCGUCUUUGCCCCUUGCACGGCGCGUCCAGUCCCCGUCAGGCGAGUCUUGCCGCGGCGUCGCAGAGGCGGCGCCUCCGCCGAGCCUCUCUGCCAGUCCCCGUCCCUCAGGAACCCCGGCCGUCCUUCUUCCAGCGCCUCCGUCGGUCCCUCCGUCGGAGUAGGAACGUGGAGCCACUGAUUGCGGAGUUACCCAGCCCUGCUGACGUACUUGGCACAGAUGACGUGGUGCCCGCGGCUGCGUCCGAAGAUCCGCUGCCCCCGCCAGGUGUCGCUUGCUCCUGUCCAGACCCCGUGGAAGAAUUUAGACGGUUUCGUCCGCGCCUGGGGUCUGUGGUGACGGUGGGUAGCAGCGACGAGGACGACAAGCGGCCCCACCCUCCAACACCACAGGAUGCCUGCGAGCGGUGGCGCGUGGAGGGCGAGGUGUGCCGACUGCAGGAGGCCCUGGGGCAGCGUCUUGGCUCCACGGCCAUGAUAAUGCGGCGCCGUGACCACCGCCUGCACACCAUCAACACCAUAGAGAAGACCAUUCAGAAGCUCCAACAGGACACUCUGCGCACCCACCACAACAACCACGUCAACGGCAACGACCACGACCCCCAGCCACCCGCCUCGCCGCAGCCUCACCACCCCACAGACAUCAUGGACGCCGUUAACGCCAACCAGCUGCAGGAUGAGGACGCCACAGCUGACGACAUCAGUGAGAUCCCAGAGAUGGACUCCUUACAGUCGGACCCUGCCCCGCACCACCCCGCUGAGAGGAUGCCACCCCGGGGCCGGCCAUCCCUCACCAACCAGAACUCCAAUGACCUUGACUCCCCCACCGACACCUUACUGCAGCAGGACAUACCGGCCGGAAAGCUGCCGCCCGCCAUCGAGGCUGUGUUGCGCGGCGCCUGGCCCUUCGAGAAGGCACUGUGGCACUCCAGCCCAGCCUCCAUGGGCAUGCCAUACAAGAACAACAAUCAGGAGGUCCCAGGCAUCAUGGCCACCUCCAGCGUGACCAACCGCCGCGCUCAGAGCACCCAGCAACUCCUCACCAACAAGGUGGAGAUGGUGUACGGCUUGCUCUCUAUGUUCUCCUCGGGUGACCGGGAUGACAUGAGUCGCACGCUGCUGGCCAUGUCCUCCUCCCCUGACUCCUGCGUGGCCAUGCGGCAGUCCGGAUGUCUCCCCUUACUCAUCCAGCUUCUGCAUGGCGGCGACGGUGAUGUGGCACCCACCAGAGAGACAAGGCUCCGGGCAGCACAGGCACUGCACAACAUUGUCCACUCCCACCCCGAUGACAAGCGUGGCCGGCGGGAAGCAAGGGUGCUGAGGUUGCUGGAGCAGAUUCGGGACUACUCAGACUACCUGUAUGAGCGUCUGGAACGGACCAGUGCAGGGCGUGGGCCGCUGCUGGAGGACGACAUGGACCGGCACCCGUGUCCUGCCAUGGCCGCCCUCAUGAAGCUGUCCUUCGAUGAGGACCACCGCCAUGCCAUGUGCACGCUAGGCGGCCUCCAUGCCAUUGCUGAGCUGAUCCGCCGCGACCACGAGGGACACGGCUCCACCACAUCAGACCAGUACUGCAUCACACUCAGGAGGUACGCUGGCAUGGCCCUCACCAACCUCACUUUCGGGGACGGCACCAACAAGGCGCUGCUGUGCUCCUUCCGCUCCUUCAUGCGGGCGCUGGUGUCGCAGCUCCACUCCCCGAGCGAGGACCUCAGACAGGUGACUGCCAGUGUGCUGAGGAACCUGUCCUGGCGGGCCGACGGAGGGAGCAAGGCCAGUCUGCGGGACGUGGGAGCCGUGGCCAUCCUCAUGCAGGCCGCCCUCUCCGCCCGCAAGGAGUCCACACUGAAGGUCAUCCUGUCAGCUGUGUGGAACCUCUCUGCUCAUUGUAGUAUUAAUAAGGCUGAGAUCUGUGCAGUGGACGGAGCACUGGCCUUCAUCUGCAGCACACUCACCUAUAAGUCACAGUCCAAAACCCUCGCCAUCGUGGAGAACGGAGGAGGAAUACUCAGGAACAUUUCUAGUCAUAUUGCUGUGAGGGAAGAUCUUCGGCAAGUGCUGAGGGAACACAACACACUGAGCACACUUCUGGGCCAGCUGCGCUCCCCCAGCCUCACUGUGGUGAGCAACGCCUGCGGCACGCUGUGGAACCUCUCAGCCCGGUGCUCCCAGGACCAGCGGAUGCUGUGGGAGCUGGGCGCUGUGCCAAUGCUCCGUUCCCUCAUCAACUCCAAACACAAAAUGAUAUCUAUGGGAUCAAGUGCAGCCCUGAAGAACCUGCUCCAAGCACGGCCAGAGGGCAUGUCCCUCACCGACCCCCGGCAUGGCAUGGGGCUGCCCUCCCUGCAGGCACGCAAGCAGAAGGCGCUGGAGCAGGAGCUGGACCCCUCCCUCUCCGAGACCUGUGAUAACAUUGAGACGUCCCCACGCUCCUCCCCAACACACCCACAAGGCACAGACCCACACUUCUAUGGCCAGCCUGGGGAUGCCACCCAGUACUAUCCCGGCCCCCGGCCAAUGUUCCACUCCUUGGGAGCGCAGUACAUGAGGUCUGAGAGCAGAGACUCCAUAUCAUCCACGCACUCUGACAACUCCCAUGACCGGAUGCGGCAGAUACUGAUGCGUCACCAGCAGGCCGGCCGGGAAGGGAUAGGGGAGGCCGGGCGUCCAUUGGACCUGUCCUUGCGCUCCAUGGCGCCGCCCUCACACUGCGUGCCCGACAUUGCCCACAUGAGUCAGGAUGAGCUGCAGCGCCACCUGGAGUCUAAGGACUUCAACACGAGUGCCGAUGAGAUCUUUGCGGCGCGGGUACGCGGUGCCAAGGACGUGUUUGCCAGCCAGUCCGGCGAAGCCCUGCCUUUCAACAAUGGCCUCAGCAGCAGCACCUCAGAGGCCACCAGGAAUGGCUCCUUCUCCGGUGCCUCACCUCAGCCUCCCUUCAGCCCACGCCGGCGGCCUUCCACCACUGCUGAGGAGGAUCGCAGUGCUCCAGGACGUACCUUUGUCAACGGGAAGCAGCAGCAGCAGCAGCAACAGCAGCAGCAACAGCAGCAGCCUCAUAAUGAGGUACACUACAAUUACUACAGCAAGUAUGUGAACUACAGCCGCAACCUGGCAGAAGUGGACAUUGAGAACGACUCCCAGGAUGAGCCACUGAACUACAGCCUGAAGUGUGGCACAGGCACCACCCUCAAGACACCCACCAACGAGUCCAUGGCCAGCAUGACCCAGAGUGUGGAGCGGCCCAGCCCUCAGAUAGACAACUAUGUGGUGGAGAGGAGAGCGGACGCAAGGAAGUCCGAGCCACACGCCGAGGCCAAGAGAGAUCCGGAGAACUUUGGCAGCUAUGCUGAAACAGACCUGGACCAACCCACCAACUUCAGUCUAAGGUACUCAGAGGAGCGAGACAGUGACGAGGCUGCCUUGUACCGCCGCCCCCCCAAGCCUCCCCCAGAACCCGCCGCACAGUUCUUUGAGCCAUCCGUGCACGAUGACUCAGUCAAGACAUACUAUACUGAGGGCACUCCCUAUGAGACGCCCUACAAUUUCUCCACCGCCAACUCCAUGACAGACCUGAGAGAGCCCGCCAUCAAGGAGAUUGACAGAGAGGGAGCAGCCGGGACCACCAGCAGUGAGAAAAAGAAAGAGAAGAAGGGCAAAGCAGAGGAGCUGGAGAACAUUGAGGAUGACGGACGUGACACGCUGGAGCCGCUGCCCUCCCAGCCGGGCCCGCCCGGAAAGAGUGGCCUCAGCUCCGGCAUGAUGACACCCGACAAGCCGGUGACCUACUGUGUGGAGGGAACGCCUGUCUCCCUCUCCAGGUUCUCCUCAGUCUCUUCCCUCACCAGUGGGGAGAUCAAUGCCAACAAUGCCAGGGACGGCCUCCUCGGGGACCUGGCUGAGGACCGGGAACACAAGCCACAGGGGACAGCCGAGGAGAAGAAGGAAGGCCAAGAGGGAGCAGGGGAGGAGAUCGAGGACACCACCCAGGAUGGCAGCCACACUCCCUCCUCACAGCAGAUGGAGAGGCCAGAAGGCAAGAGUGUUCACUACGAGGAGACACCCCUCAUGUUCUCCCGUGCCACCUCCGUCUCCUCCCUCAGCAGCUUUGAGGUUCAGUCCAUCCAUGACGACAGGAGCUCCGUUGUGUCGGACUUCAGCCGGUUUACCAGUGGUGCAAUAUCCCCAAGUGACCUUCCAGACUCACCCAACCACACUGUUCCUCCAAGCCCCAAGCGCUCCAGACCACCCUCACAGCCCUUCAAGCCUCCACCAGCACAGAUUCCAGGGCCAAGAACCAGCACUGGAGUGUUCAGCGAGGCACCCAGAGCCUUUGUAGAAGAAGGCACCCCCGUAGAGUUCUCUCGAGCCACCUCACUCUCAUCACUCACUAUUGAUGAUGACCUGCCAGUUGUAGAUGAUGGUGUGCCCAGAGAUCGUCUGCGAGGGGACGGCAAGGACAGCAGCGAGACCACCACCGGCAGCGAGGCGUCCCUCUCUGCCGGCCGGGGUCCUGCUGGGGUUAGAGGAAGGAUCUCCACCAGUAUUCCCAGACUCGGACAGGAGCGUGGCGGCCUGAGCCCAGUGGCGCGCGAGGCGGAGGAGGAGGGGGUGAGGGAGGGCGCCAAGGAGCGAGGCGAGGACCGAUCUCGCGAAAACUCCGGCACGCGAUCCAGCACCCACACUGAUUCUGAGAGCGAGGACCUGCUGGCGGAGUGCAUCAGCUCUGGCAUGCCCGACAAUACGCGGCGCAACAAGCAGCAGUUUAGCGGCCGUGGCAGUUCCCGUAUCGGCCAACCCAGCCCCCGCCCCAGAGGUUCAGGCAUCCCGGUGGUGAAGGCCUCCAACCUGCCCACCCAGAUUCCCAGCGGCCCCGCCCACAGCCAUGCCCAGCAGGGUGUUGGUGGCGGGGUCUGGGGGGGAGACACCCUCCGCACAUACUGCACGGAGGACACACCCGCCAGCAUCUCCCACGCCGCCUCCAUCUCGGACCUGUCCACGCUGUCCAUCCCGGGCGAGGAGCCGCGGAAGGAGCGCCACGCCUCGGGUCAACGGCCCAGCCUCAAUGACUCAGGUGACAACUCCUCCGACAAUGACAACCUCCUGGAGCAGUGCAUCCAGUCUGCUAUGCCCAAGGCUCGACCUGGCGCCAAGGUGAAGGAGGUGAAGCUUGGAGUUGGGGUGAAGAGGCAUGGGGCGGGCCAUCUGUGUGCUCACGGGGCUCCCCCAACUGGGCCUCCCCUCGCCUCCCCGCGGCACUCCCCACACCACCGGCCCGUUCCUGUGGCCAGGGUCACUCCUGCCGUCAAGGUGGGUGGCACCAGGAUAUCUCCACGCCCUACCCUGCAAGAGGACGCUGCCGGGGACCAGAUGCGUAUGUGGGCCACGGAGGGCACGCCCGCCACCUUCUCCCGUGCUGACUCACUCUCGUCGCUCAGCUGUGACGACGAGGGCAACAGAGCCAGCAGGGACACCAGCCCCAGACCCCUCGCAUCUCCGCACCCCCAAGCUCCCCAGUCCCCGCAGCCCCAGAGCCAGCCCCCGCGGGCCAGGACACCAGGCUCACCUCGCGGCAGAAGGUCUCAACAGGCUCAAAGCAGAGGACAAGAGAUUGACGGGGAGAAGGAGGUUCCUCGGCAGUUUGCGGUGGAAGGAACACCUGGUGUCAUAUCUCGACACUCGUCUUUAAGUUCCAUCGAGGGCGAGGAAGAGAGCGCCAUCGUGCAGGCUCCCAGCGCACAGCAGGCUGGCAGCGUCCGCAACUACGGCGUGGAGGACACGCCUGUGUGCUUCUCAAGGAACUCUUCCUUGAGCUCCUUGUCCGUAGAGUCAUUUGGAGAAGAGACGACCCCCACUGAGCAAGCUCUUCUACAACAGUGCAUCAGCCAAGGCAUGCCCAAGAGCAAGUCUGACUUGGAGAGUCACAGUCGUAGGAGGAGGCGUGGGGGCUCCCGCAUCCCCGCCCCAUCGUCACGGUCUCCGGCGCGCCUAGUGCCCGGGGUGCCUAUCCAGCGCCUUACACUGUGUCGCGACGAACAACCCGCCCAGCCAAAAAACGCGGGAGCGACGGCGGCCGCUGCGGAGAGUGUGGACGCAGACGCCGCCAUGCCAACGCCAGAUGUAGAGAGCUCGAAACUCCACACGGACUCCGAGCAGAGCGAGAAGAGUGAGCGCGCUCAGAGGCACAUCAAGGAGGAGGACUUCGAGGAUCGCGAGGAGGAUGACGAGAGCGCUGCUGAUUACACAGAGGCUGACUCCGAGGUGACAGCAACCACGGCAGAGAUGUGUCAGCCUCACAGCGACAUGACAAGUGAAGACAGUGCGCCAACAGUGCAUGACCAGCUGGCGGCGGUCGAGAAGGAGGCGGUGCAGGAGGAUAUGGAGCCUCGAGUCAGUGAUGAGUCAGCAGAGGGCAUGGGCUCCUCCCCUGAUGACAAACCUUCUUGGGUUGAGCCGAGAAACUCUACUGACAAGUCUUCCCCCUCAGACGGCCGCGGCUCCGACACCUCCGUCACGGCGUCCAUGUCUGAGUCAGGUUUCCUGGCCAUGGAGGCCAUGAAGGUGGCCAGGGCUGUGGCAGGCGAGGCCAAGCUACUGAGUAGUGACGAAACCUCCCACAUGUCACAGAGCAUAACCAGCGCCGCGUCAGACGCCUGCAUCGACAACAUCAAGCCUCCCUCAGCCAUGGGUAGUCUGGCAUCCAUGUCUAACAGCCUCACAAACAGCACCGAGGAACCGCGCGGCUCCCGCGCCAAUAACCGCCGCCUGGAGUGCCGUCACACGCGCCGUAUGCCAGAGAUGGUGCGCCGCGCCCUUGGGGACCAAGACUACGGCUCCACUGAAAACAUGGCCAGCAUGGUUAGUUCCUGUCACUCUAAUGUAGACAACAUUCCUCCUCCCUCUAUGAUGGACGAUGACAUGGAGAACUCCAUGAUCAGCGUGGCGUCCAUAACCUCCGAGGUGGCGGAGCAGCGAGACUCGCCUCCUUCACCCCCAGCAGACCACACAGCAAUGGUGGCGGCUCCCGCCCGGCAGUUGGCAGCCAUUUUCCAGCAGGAAGCCCUCAACGCUGCCUCGACGCUCACCCUGACAGGUGGUGACGAAGCCUCCACCUACCAGGAGAUCACAGACAUCACGGAGCACGAGGAGACGGUCGGUCCCGCUAGUGACACGGAACUCGCCGCUGAUGACUUGCCUGUUGAUGUUCCUGAUCUGCCCCAAGAUGGCUUCUCUUCCCCCCGGUGCGGCUCAGCGCACGCCUCGCCUAACAGGCAGGGAACACCGCGGGCACGGAGACACCUGCCCAAAGACAGGUACCGCACCUUUACUCGCGGGGAUGGAGAAGUGUCCUCUGAUGCAACACCUUCCCAGGACACAGACACAACACUUGUCGAGGUGCUUCCCUCUUCGCCAUUUGCUGCAAGAACAGCGAAACAGAGACGUCAGGAAGAUUCUGAGCGCUUCAGAACCCGAACGAUAUCCUCCUCAGAAGGAACAGUGGAAGCCUUGCCAACAGACCCUGCGUCCGGAGGUGAUAAGGCCAGUGAUAAAAUCAGUCCUAAGAAGUCUCCCAAAAAUCGUCGCCUCCAAGACCCGAGUCGCUUCCAGACUCAUACAAUAAGUCCAGCACAAAUCUCUCCUGAGGCAGCGUCAGAAGUUCCCCCUGUGAGGACUGGUGACGCUGACGGCGCUCCCGCCUCCCCACCGAAGGUACAGGGCAAACAGAAUAUUAAGCAGCGGCGCCAGGAGGACCGAGAACGAUACCAGACCCGCACCAUCGAGGUACCUCUGGCUGACAUCACCCCGGAGCCCGAGCCUGACACACCAUCCGACGACGACCCCGCCAAGGAGGCAGAGGAUGGUCCUUUGGUAGACUUCCAGGACAGCAACGAGAUGCUUGAUCUGACUGCUGAGCAGCUGGAGGCGCUGCAGCAGGACGCCAACAUCGUGAUCUGCACCCUUAACGAGACCCGCGAGGCCAUGACCAGCGAGUCCUCAGACCUCCUCAGCGAAGAGAACAUCUUGGAUAUUGAGACGCUCAGCUUGAUAUCAAACGAGGAUGAGUCUGAGAUGAGAAAUUUUCUUCAGGACUUUGAUGACGACCCUCCAGAUAAAGAUGAUGACGACGAGGCGGAAGAGGCGGAGGCAGAAGCAGAAGCAGAGGCACAAGUGAUCCGGCGGCCCCGCAUCGUGAAGCCUGGGGAGAAGCCAGCCAGGCCCCAAGAAGAUGACGAGGGGACUGGGAAAGGCAUCAGAGGGCGCAGAAAACCCCUGUACUCUAGUGCCAAGAAAUUCAUCACGCCGACCCGGCCCGCCUCUAGCACUGUGAAGACUGGCAUGGUGAAGCCCUCGGCUGUCAGGCCCAGCUCCGCCUCGCCAGUGAAGCCCUCGUCACCCAAACUGCCUCGCGCCACAAGGGCAUCAGCAUUAAGACAGACCUCCAACAUUCAGAAGGGAGGAAGCAGCGGCGAGGACAGUCCCACGGGCCGAAACACGGGCUCCUCUGCUGGAAGUAGUGCUGGGUCCAGCCCCAGGCUCGGCCCUGGCUCACGCGGCAGUGUGACAGCUCGGCCGGCGAGAUCCAAGUCCUUGGCGAGGCCUGGCCCAGAUCCUCCCAAGCCUCUGCAGCGUCAAAACACGUUCACCAAGGAUGACAGCGACACCCCGCUAAGUCCAGAGCACAACGCUGUGGCGGAAUUAAAAAAAACUCCAACACCUAAUCGAGCUGUGAAGACGAGGCUGCGGCGGGACAUUGUCCAGCCCAGCCCAUCCACGGCGCAACCUGGUGCAGGUGUGCGCACCGUGAUACCAAAGAGUGGCAGUCAGGACCUGAGUCCCACCAAAGGGCGGCCUCCGCAGCACAAGUCAGCAAGCCUCACGAGAGACGCACGGCCACCCACCUCUUCUGACGUGGCUGAGUGGCAACACGAGGGCACCAAGAAGACCGUCAAGAAGGAGGUGACGAGCAGGAUAGCUAAUUUGUGGAAGAAAGUGGAACGUGCACAGACUAAACCCAAGGAAAGUGACAAGAAGGUGUGGAUCACUCGCCCCAAAUCCGCUGCCAAGGAAUCUCCGCCGCAGCCCUUGGUGCGCAGCUCAACGUACGAAAAACUUCCUGUCAAUGGCGCCGCCAGCGGCGGGAGCAGUGGUGAGACGGGAAAGAGCAGGACGAGACUAGGUCUGAAACUGGCUAAGCUAAGAGGUCGAGAUACGAGAUCCUCGCCGCCCUCCGAGGCCACGACGCCCGUUGACCCUCGACCACACUGCCUCGUCAGUCCGACUCGCGCACGGGUAGGAGAAGUGACGCCGCGACCUGCAGAAGCAGUACAGCUCCGCCCGCGGCCGGCCACUCAUCCUCCUGGCACCCAUGUGGGGGCUCAGCUAGAGGAGGACCCCGAGGCGCGCGCAAAGAGGUUGUCUCGCCUGGGGUCAUUCAUUGUGGUAGAGGAGGACGGGCGGGUCAAGUCACCUCCACAGUCAGCCAUCGUCCAGCCCUUCAACUACCAGCCUCCCGCCGCGCCCAAGAUCAGGUCUGCGGUCGCCACCCGCAUACCUCAGCCUUCCAAAUCGUUCCUUUCUAACGCGCCGUGCGGCAGGGACGACAACGGGAACGCGGCCGACCCCAGCGUGGUGACGGGGACCUGGAGACCCUGACCCCAAUCCCCGCACCGCGCCCAGGACACCCAGGACCCCGAGGACCACUGGGGCGCGGGGCCAGGUCCUCAAGGGCUUACCUAGCGCCUGUAGGAGCCGUACCUCUUCAUGUAAUAAAAUAUACUGAGGAAAAACAAUCUGCCCUCUCCCCAGCCUGGGAGCGCUGUGUGAUGGUGGGGGGGAGGGCGGGUUUGAGCGUGUAGGCAAGGCUGGUGUCUGUUGUAAGGACCACCAGCCCUCUCAUACCACGAGAGGGAAUCAAGGGCCCAGCUAGGCUUUAGGCUGUAACCACCACACCACAGGUAGGAAGAAUCAACCCUUCAGGCUCUGGAACUCCUCGCUACUGUACAUAGUAUAUACUCUGCCCUUCUGUACACCAUUUCAUAUGAAAAAAUACAUAAUUAUUCAGUGCUUAGGGAUAGAUAAUAAUAUCCUGUUAAUUUAGUGCAUUUUCACUGCAUUUAGUGUUUUUGUUCGUGCAUUGUCCAUUGUCCUUUCUUUUGUCCUGAAUUCUUUGAGCAUGGGCGAGUUCCUGAGCCUGACGCUGCCCUGGCCACGCCGAGGCGCCCGUUGCCCCGGCUGCGCCCCACCACUGCUGCACCAGACCGGCGUCCAGGAACGUAACUAUCAGAAGCGAACCAGAUCGUCUCCGCUUUGUGUUAUGUUUGGACAACUUAAUAACAAAAUGGUAAUAGUAGCCUACUUGCAUUUACGUGUUCCAAUGUUUUGUGUUUUAUUUAUUUGUUUGUAGAGCUUUGUGUACAUACCUCUAUUUCUUUCAUUUUUCCAUAUUUUUUGUUUGUAUUUUUUAUUUUCAAUAAAGGAUAUUUGAUUUUUUCAGGAUACAUUUUAUCUCCCAAACAUGUCAGAGAGGUAACAUGGUGUUGUCUCCUGCGCGGCGAGUGUGGAGUCUGGUAAGCGAUCAUUCUUGAGGGAAAUAUAAUAAACAGAGGCUGAGUCAGCUUCAGAUAGACGUGUACUACUAUGCUUUAAUGAUUAGACGAUAAUAUUUUAGCUGGUUUUUGAUAAUACCGUAGUUAGGUGUUGUGCCUGUCGAGUCGCGGGUGUCGGCAACAGUGUCUCGUGUCACAAGUCACGGCCGGCGCCGCCCUCGCCCCUCAUCCCUGUGCCAUAGCGCCAAGUAAGUUUAUAAAUUUAGGUGUAUCGUGUCUUGUUUGGCCUUGAUUUGGAGUACUCUGUGAAGUGUGUUUCGUCAGUGUCGUGAUGUGUUGCGUGUGGAGCUGUGGCGCCGCGGCGACCUGAUCUCAGUGUGGUGAUGUGAUGGUGAUGGUGAUUGUCUGUGUUGUGGCUACCUGUUGGCCCUGUGUACGUGGCGGCCAGCUGGAUGUGCUUGUCUCGUGUACGUGGUUGCCAUGUGUAUGUGACAUACGUGUACUUGACAACCAUGUGUACGUGACAACCAUAUGUACGUGACAGCCAUGUGUACGUGACAAUCAUGUGUACGUGACAACUAUGUGUACGUGACAGCCAUGUGUACGUGACAGCCACAUGUAUGUGACAGCAAUGUGUUCGUGACAGCCAUGUGUAUGUGACAGCCACGUGUAUGAGGUAGUCACAUGUACGUGAUGGCCAUGUGCGCCUUAGCUCUGUGUUCACCUGGGUUGCCCAGUGUCUGUGUGUUGGUUGUCACUAUUACCGUGGUGUGAGUGAAGGUGAACAAAUGGACUCACCCUAGACUGAGGAAAUAGCCAAGGGUGUGAGGUGAGACAGUCACUGUCACUGAUGUCACGUGGGUUUUGCAGUGCAAUCCUCACUCCUUCAAAAGAGUAAUUUUCAAGAGUUAAUGUAAGGCUCAAAAUCCUACUCUUUGACCUCUUAUUCAGCUCAGGGGAAGGGAAACUAACGGUGUUGAAUUAGUUACAUAAGAUUACCUGCUCACCCACUUCUUUAUUACAUGAUGUCAGACUAAUCAAUGGUUUUUGGGUGUUGCUGGGGUUUCUGUAGUGAGUGUCAGUGGUGCAGUGGAGGAGCGGAGGAGACAGGGUGCUAUAGUAUGUGUGUACAUACUGCGUUGUAUCAAAACACAAUUUUUCACUAGUUUGCUGUGAGCGUUAUCUAUGUGGAUGUGGUGAAGUGAUGCGUGCUUGUAUUAUUUACUCGUGUUUCAUUUAAACAUACUAAGGUUUAGAAUUUAAUUGUGAUUUCUUUUAAAAGAGACGAAAAUUUUGAAAUACUUGUUGCCUUCAUUUUUUAAUCGGAAUUAAUAAGAAAACACAGAACUAUAAAGACGUUAAAAUGACUUUGCUUUGUUGGCUGAACUUAACAUCAGUAAAUGAGGAGUGCCCACCCCGGGCACACUGACAACAUGCCAGAUUACCCGUAACAUAGUCAUCCAGAAGAUAUUUCCUGUAUCCAUAAGACUGCAUUUAGAUUACUUGAUAGUCAAGAAUAAUCCUUACCAGACUCUGCACCACCCAAGUGAAGGAGAAGUGUCAUUGUAUGUGUUCAGAGACUACAGCAAACCAUGUACUGUACCUUUAAGAGCUAGACAGUGAACCUAGGAUAACCAAAGGUGUCACAGUAACCUAAGGUAUCUGCAAGAUCUGGUUACAUUAGGCCACUAAUGUGAUGUACAGGUCCAGGCAGAUCUUGUUUCUCCCCACGGCAUAACGACGACAACACCAACAUUGUAAGCAUGGACCAGCUAAAUUAUUAUUUUUUUACACAAAUUCAGCUGUAAUGCAUUAGUUUUCACUUCCUACCAAGACUAUGUUAGGCUGUGUGAUCUUGUCAACGGCAUUUCCUUUGCAAUAUGUGACAUUCACGUUUACUACGAUGAAAGUGUCUUCUGGUGCGUCGGAAGACAGGUAAGAUUCUGAGGCUGAAUUUGAAGAGCAAGUAACUCCUGCAGGUGUCAGCACUAAUCUUUCUUAGCAUUUGGUCCAUGAGAGAGUAGCUGUCUCUUGCCUCAUUUUGCUUCAAUGUUUCUGUUCCUCUACUAACGAAUCAAAGUCUCUCGAGUGGUCUGGGGAGGCCACGCGCCACACCGCCAGGGCCGUCUAGAGUGUGCUCCAGACCGGGCUGCUGGGCGGUGGGCUGCCAAGGAGUGUGUGUGGCUUACUUAUAUCAUUAGAGGUGUACUUAAGACACGCUGUAGCCGCCGCCGCCUUAGAGUCACGUAACAGUCUUCAGUCUGUGGUAUUAGUGCUUCAUGAUUAAUGUUCAGCAGGCACCCACUGUUUAUAUCCAUCAUGGUUCUGUAGGUUUGGUUAGGUAUGUUCCUCAUCCUAAGUUGUUUGGUUGCUGUGCAGCAUUUUAUGAACUUAACUUAAUUUCUAACUCUGUAACAAUUCUCAUGGGUUUACAAUGCAUGAUUUACCAUGUUGAUAUUUAAAAUGGACCAAUUUGUAUUUAUUUACUUAUGUAUAUCCUUGUACAUUAGACAACAUACAUUGUAUCAUAGUGUAAAGUAUGACAGCAUGAAGUGGUGGUGGUGGUGGUAGUGGUGGAGGGAACUCAGACUUGGCUGUGGUUGCUGAGUACAGCAUUCUUUUCUUCUCCUUAUCCCUUAUUGCAAUAUCGAACUCUUCCUUAUUAUCAUAUGAUUAAAUAUAGUAUUAUGACAAAUUAAAUACUUGUAUGUA